AUGUCUUCCUCUGUUGAAAAUGAAAUAGAUAUUAAAAGCUCAAGCGAUAAACCCAAAGGGUCUCAUAUAGAUGAAGAUUUUGGAGCUUAUUUAGAAGAAUCGUUUAGUGCCUUUCAAUUUUCAAAUACUUUUUUGAAAGCAACAAACCCCACAAUUAUAGAUAAUAUUAAUAACACUGAAACUGGAACUAUAACCACUACUACCGAACCUACUCUAGAUUUAUACACACCUUUGAAAAAAAUCAAAUAUGAUCUGGAUGAAAUAGAUGAAAGAAUUGAUAAUGCCCUCAAGUCUAAUUAUGAAAAUAUAUUAACCAACAUAGAUAAGUUAAAUAAAAUUGGAACAGAGAUAAUCCCUAAACUUUUGAAUCCAAGUGUUGAGUUUUUAGAGUUAUCUUACAAUAAAUUGAAUGAGCAAGUGUUAAAACCAUAUACUAAGGCCAACAAUUUACAAAUCUCCUUGUCGAAGUUACACCAAACAUCAAUGAUACUAAGAGACUUUAUGAUUUUCAGUAACUUGGUAUUGCAAUGCGAUUACAAUAUCAGCAAUAAAGCUAACAUGAGCGUUAAUCAAUUGUACAAUUUAGCAUCUAUUCACUCGCAAAUUGAUUUUAAUUUGCAGGAAAACCCAAUCCUAGGCGAUUUACUAUUGGUGCAGGAUGUUUGUAAAAAUACAAUCCAACCCCAAAGGAAACAGAUUAUUAAUCAUCUUAGUGAUCAAAUGUUAAAGCUAUGUUUGAAUAAUCAUAUAUCAAACAAAAAUGAGGAAUUGCUGAAAAAUUUAAUAAAUGCAUUAUUAUUGCUUUCGAGGCAUCAAUUUAAUAGUGUUUUAGAUAAAAUAUUAUUGUCCAAAAUAUCUACAACAACUGCAAUUUUGAAUAAGACGAUAACAUCAAUUAAAUCAUUCCAGUCGGCUUUUGACCAAGCAAUGACGAUAAAUGAUUCUAUUAUUAACAUUGAAAAAGUAUUAAAGGACAUAAAAAUAACAACGGACAAUGGUUCCGUUUCUACUAGUACUACUACUGCAACAACAACAGCUUAUAAAGAGUUUAUGUCAAAGAAAAAAAGCAGCAAUAAAUCAAUAUUGUUUAUAUAUUGGUCAAUGAUCGGUAGGAUAUUUGGGAAAGAGUUCCAAACUAAUUUGAAAAGAGGCGGUCCAGUUGGUAAAAGUUUGAUUCAAAACAGGGAUAUAAUCAAGAACAUAAUAGAAAAUAAAAUGAACGAAUGUCUAAUUAAACACAGUACUAUCAAUGAGCAUUCAGAUAAAAACCAAAUCAUUGCUAUAAUGUUGAAUUCGGUAAAAGUGUAA